AAACUUGUUUUUGGAAUGCCAGGGAAUAAGUCGAGAAGUAAGUACGCCAGGAAGAGAAAGUUUAUUGGCCUUAGAAGACAGGAUAUCAAGAACGAUGACGAUAACGAAGAAAGGCCUAAUGAGAAUGACUCUAGGCCAGGUGGAAGCUCUACGCCAGAUAAACUCAAUAGGUCAUUUGAGAAAAUUUCCGAAAACUGUCCCAUUUUGAAGUCAGAAAGGGAACAAGUCCUUACACGACAGAAGGCUUUUAAUCUUGGUUUGACAAGCACUGUUUCACAUCCAAGCACAGAGGCAUUUGGCAACAAGAUUAUUAAUUCAAAGUUGUUGGAUAUGGCUCUGGAAAAGAUAGCCGUCUGCAAAAUGUGUAAAUCUUCAAAUGGCUGUUUGAAACUUUUUCAAGUGGAUCGAAGGAGAUCUGGGCUGGAUGAGUCACUUUAUUUGGAAUGUCAAAACUGCCAUUACAGUGUCAAUUUCCAUACAACUGAGAAGGUUGACUGCCUUGGCAAGCAACAUUCAGAAAUAAAUCUCAGACUUACUCAAGCAGGUUUUUAUACUGGCAAUGGACAAACCAACCUUCAAAGACUUUGUGGUAUGCUAGAUCUACCUCCCCCAGUAAACAAUUCUUCAUACAAUGACCAUCUUAAAGAUCUAGAACUUAUAAGUGCUAAAGUGGCAGAAAACAGCAUGGCUCAAGCAGCAUUUAGAUUAAAAAGUAUUCUGAAGGUCAAAGAAGAGGAAUGUAAAAACUUAGAUGUUGAGGAAGAUGUUUUUCCCAUUGCUGUUUCUGUAGAUGGUACUUGGCAAAAACGCUAUGGGCAUUCUUCCUUGCAUGGUGUGGUAUUUGUCAUGGCAAUUGAGACAGGGGAGGUUCUUGAUUAUGAGGUCAAAUCAAAAGUUUGCUUUGAAUGUAAGGCCAGAGCAAAAUGGGACAAAGAGUCAGAGAAAUUUAAAAGCUGGUUUGAUAAGCACAAAGACAAAUGCCUCAUAAAUCACACACUGUCGUCUGAAGCAAUGGAAAAAGAAGCAGCAAUCACUAUUUUCAAACGCUCAGUAGAAAAGCAUAAGCUAAAAUACACCAUUUAUGUAGGAGAUGGAGACUCUUCAUCGUUUUCAGAAGUUUCCACAGCAUUGUUUGAAGAAUAUGGCUCAGAAUACCAAAUUUCAAAGGAAGAUUGUAUUGGCCAUAUACAAAAACGCAUGGGAAGCAACCUAAGAAAAUAUAAAAAUAAAUCCAAAGGCAGAAAGCUCGAAGAUGGUGCUACAGUUGGCGGACAUGGUAGACUCACUGAUGUAGUUAUAGAUUCAAUUCAAAACUAUUAUGGUCUUGCUAUUCGCAACAACCUUGGCAAUGUGAAAGCUAUGGAAAAUGCCAUCUGGGCAAUAUUUUUUCACAUGAUUAAGUGCCAAAAUGAGGAUAUUGCUGUACAACACAAGUUCUGUCCUUCUGGAAAGGAUUCCUGGUGUAAAUACCAGAGAGAUAUUACAAGCGGAACAAAUACAUACAAGCCAUCAAAGUGCCUACCUGAUGUGUUUAGAAAAGAAUUGAAGCCAAUUUUUGAAAGAUUGUCUGAAAAGUCACUUCUACAACGAUGCUUGAAGGGUUACACGCAAAACCAGAACGAAGCUUUGAACAAUAUUCUUUGGAAUAAGUGUCCAAAACGAGUUUUUUGCGGUAAUCGCAAGAUGAAUUCUGCCUGUGCUAAUGCAGUGCUGAUUUGGAACCAGGGAGCAGGAAGCCAGAUCAACUUGCUAAAAGCAAUGGGGAUAACAGAGCCUGGGGUUAAUACGAUCAAGCUGUUGAGAAAUGAAAAUGCGAAAAGAAUUUUUGAUGCAAGCAGGAAGUGCAAAAGCUCAUACCAGAAACGCCGAAGGACCUUAAGACACGAGAAGAAAAAGGGCACUAAAACAGGAGAACAUUAUUCAUCAGGUGCAUUUUCCUGUAGCAAACCAGCAAGUCAGAGAAGGUCAGGCAAAAAAAGAAACAUAUCAUUGAUUGAAAAGCCUUCUGAAAGAGAGGUGGAAAUAGAGUUUGUAAACGAAGAAAGUAUUUCUGUCAGCAUACACCCAGCAAAGAAAAGAAGAGCAAUGAAAUAAACUUUAUAUGAAACUGAAAUCAGGAUAAGAAUCUAUCCAUUGUAAGUUAGAAGUCACUUUUUCAUUUAACAUUAAAAAGUUCUUUUCACUGUA